AUGGAGAACAAGAUCAACAAGCAAGUGACAUUUGCAAAGAGGAGGAAUGGCCUGCUCAAGAAGGCUUAUGAGCUCUCCGUCCUCUGUGAUGCCGAGUUGUCCCCGAGUGAAAAGCUCUUGUCAAGCAUGAGCGGGGACCAAGCUGCAAAAUUGAAGGAGCUGGAGGGGAACUACAAGGAGGUGAUUGAUGAGAACUGUCUGGUUUUGUCCGAAUACUUCAAGGAGGUGCUAGGGGAUAAAGAUGAAGGCAGAGGAGUUAGAGUCGGAGUCGGAGUCAGAGUUUUCUUUUAA